AUGGAACUAGCUACUCUCUCCAUGGCCCAAUGGGCAGCUGUGAGCCCUGCCCUUACCUAUUUGAUCGUCUCCUCCUUUUAUGAAACCCUCUAUCACUUUAAUGCAUUUCCACAAUACUGCCUGGUCCGGUCCGAAGAAGAAACCAGGAGAACUCCGGUACCAAAACUGCGUGUAUUGCAAUAUGUCGCGUCAUACAAUAUUGCAAUCACGUGUGUACUUCUAGUAUUACCUGAUGUGACGCCUUCCUCACCAAAGAAUGCAUACGACGUCACAUUCGUCGCACAGCUCGAAAGGCUUCCACUUGGCGACUUCAUUCUUGGCCAUGGUCUUGCACUUUCAUGUCUGACAUGGUUAUUUACGUCAGCUUUGUUCUGCUUGCGCAUGUUCCUAGCUUUCGUGGUCCUGGACACAUGGGCGUUUUGGUGCCAUUGGUUCCAACAUAAGAACGCAUGGCUGUAUCGUAAUACGCAUGCUUUGCAUCACAAGAUACAUGCCCCUUAUGCCUUCGGCGCCUGGUAUAAUCACUGGGCCGAGAGUCUCAUAGUUGACAGCUUCGGAGGUCUCUUGGCCGUGACCAUCAUCGGCCUGUCCGAUAUGGAGCAGGUGAUUUUCUUUGCAAGCGGCACUGCCAAGGCUGUAGAGGAUCAUAGCGCUUAUGUCCUGCCAUGGAGUCCAUUUACGAUCAUUGGACGAUGGACCGGAAAUGGCGUCGAGUAUCACGAUACGCACCAUCAUCCGCGCAAAGUAAAGUAUAACCUGCAGAUAUAUUUCACUUGGUGGGACAGUCUCAUGGGUACAAACUACGCCGAGAAGCGCAUCGCCCAUGGAAAGGUUAAACAUUAA